UGAUCUCGCAGGUCGAGCAACAACAGAUAGUAGAUCUGCGCAGCUCUGAUCUCUGUGCGACCAGCAGCCUACGUGUGCGUAGGACAGACUAGUGGUGAACAUGCCUCUGGCCAGAGACCUCCUCCAUCCUACAAUUGAGCUAGAGAGAAGACAACAUAAAAAGAAAAGACUCGUCCAGAGUCCCAACUCCUACUUUAUGGACGUAAAGUGCCCAGGCUGCUAUAAGAUCACCACAGUGUUCAGCCAUGCACAGACAGUGGUGCUCUGUGUGGGAUGCGCAACAGUGUUGUGCCAGUCAAGUGGAGGAAAGGCCAGACUAACAGAGGGGUGCUCUUUCAGGAGGAAGCCACACUAAAAAGGGGAUUGCCGCUGUCUCAGAUGUCCAAGUUGUACGAUACAUUUUAAAAUGAAAUAAUUAAAAUCUCUAAAGAAAUGUUAUAAAAUUUGAA